UUGCUAGACUAUAGUCUAGUUUGGGGUAUAAAAGGUGAGCGUUUUGCGGUGGUUGACAUUUUCUCUACUUUUGGGGGACCUGCUAUCAUUGCUCCCUGUGCUCUCCUGCUGCUUGUUGCUGCCUGUUGCUGCCUGUUGCUGCCUGUUGCUGCCUGUUGCUGCCGCUCCGCCGUCUUUCGCCUUCAGUCCCGUCUUCAUUGCCUGCUGCCCUGUUGCUGUGUUCAGAUAAGAUGCGUUGUCUACAGCUGCUGAUCCUGGUGACUUUUAAGCUGUCAUUCAAGAUGUCGCAUCCAUCGUCAAAACAGCUCCAACGCAUUAUGCCAAAGAUGUUCGAUUUUUGGUUGACGCAAGGAUUUGCCACAACUUUGGGACGAUGUUUUAUUGGAGCGGCUAAUCCAGAGACAUGCUCCGCUUGCCAUGAUUUUUGGCUAAAUUUCCAGCAGGCUGGAAAUUUGCCAAUUUUGUGGUUCAUAUCGAGCCGUUUCUGGGUUUUGCUGCAAGCGCAUCCUGCGCUUAUCUAUGAAAUAAUAAAACAUUUUUUCUGAUGCGUUGUUUGAUUUUCCCUCUCAUCGACAAACUUUCCCAAAAUUCUGAUUAUAACCAUUAUUAUUUUGCAGAACUGCCAUUGCCAAGUUGUCACUUCAGCAGUCUGCUCCGACCAUCUCCAACAAUCUACGCAAGCUGGCUACGCCAAGCCGAUCCAUCAAUUGUUUUCGUAUUAUUUUCGAAAGGAAAUUCAUCAGGUCGGUUUUUUUUCUUUUUUGAAGUUAUAAUUUCACUUCUAGUUUCGUGAAAGAUUCCCCAUCUUCCAGAUCUUCUUUCCACAACGUUGUUUGUUCAACUCCUACAAUGCCGAGCAGAUUCACAUCCUUCGACGUCUUCAGAAACCGCCAAGCCGUAACACCUUCGAUAGCAAUUGCUCCGUGAAAGCUGUUCCGCUGUUGCUCGUCUUCGUAAUAUGCUUUCAACUGGAAUUCGAAUAACCAGGUCGUAUUUUUCCAAUUUUCAUUUAGUUUUUUUGAGAUUGUAGUUUUGUAGAGAUCUUAAAAAAUUUGUUUUUUUUUGGAAUGAAAAACAAGAUAGAUUUGAAAUCUUGAAAAUUAUAGAUUGAGAUCCCUCUCACUUUAUUGAAUUUUCAAGAUUUGCAUUAAUCAGUCUUUUUUUAAUUCAAAUAGAAAACCAAUUUUUUUUGACUGAAUUUAUUUUUUGAUGCUAAAUAAUUUGCAAUCAUCAUCAGUAUCAUUUUUGGGGUGUAGGAUUUACUCCGAUAGCUAAAAAUGUACAAUUUUGCUGAAAAUCUUUGAGUAUAGGAUUUACUCCGACAUCAAAGAUUUAGAUGAUUGAAGAUUAUUUAGCUUAGAAAAUUACGUUUACAAUUAGGUUUAAAUUGAGUUUUCUUCUAAAAAAUUUUUUUGUAUUAUUUUUAAGCUCGAAUCGAUGUGAUGUUUCAACUGGGCGAAAUCAACUUCUUCAUGGUGUCAACUAUGUACACCUUCAACAAUCAAUUCUUCUGCCAACAUUUGGCAAAACAGUUCCGACUCCGAAUGCUGUGACUACCUCAGAUGCUAUCACAAGACUGGAUCGCCCGAUGCAAGGAAUCUACUCAACGCAUGGAGUAUUUUCGACGCAAGGAAUCAACUGUAAGGAUCAAAUUAUAAAGUUUUUUAUUUAAUUUCUUAUUUUUUCUCCCGACAUUCUACUGAUUUACCCAUUUUUAGUUACGAAUGUUUUUAUUCCAGAUAUGUCGGUUCAUCUACAACAAGCCAAUCGGUUUUGCCGCCUUCGCAAGGAGCUGCCAACAAGACAAGCCGCAAUCAUUCCAAGAUGCGAUGCUGGACAAUCUACUCAACCAAUGGCGACAACACAAGUCAACAACUAG